UCACAGAUGGCCGGAGCGGCGGCGCCGGCGAAGGCCAACGGCGGUGGCGGGGCGGGGUGCUGCGCGGCCAAGGGGCCCGGGUACGCCACGCCCAGGGAGGCCAUGGAGAAGGGCCCGCGCGAGGGGCUCCUCUACGUCACCUGCGUCUACAAUGGUACUGGAAUUAACAAGCCUGAUUACCUGGCCACGGUGGAUGUGGACCCCAACUCCGCGACAUACUCCCAGGUGAUCCACAGGCUCCCGGCCACCCACAUCGGCGACGAGCUGCAUCACUCUGGCUGGAACGCCUGCAGCUCGUGCCACGGCGAUCCGUCCACGAGCAGGCGCUUCCUGAUCCUUCCUUCAUUGCUGUCAGGUCGUGUGUAUGUUGUUGACACGGCAACCGAUCCGAGGGCACCUGCAUUGCACAAGGUUGUCCAGGCUGAGGACAUCGCUGAGAAGACUGGGCUUGGGUUCCCUCACACAUCCCAUUGCCUUGCAACUGGCGACAUUAUGAUUUCUUGCCUGGGAGACAAGGAGGGAAAUGCUGCUGGAAAUGGCUUUCUGCUGUUGGAUUCUGAAUUUAACGUCAAAGGACGUUGGGAGAAGCCAGGUCAUAGCCCCUUGUUUGGCUAUGAUUUCUGGUACCAGCCUCGUCACAAGACAAUGAUUAGUUCGUCAUGGGGAGCCCCGGCAGCUUUCAGGACUGGUUUUGAUCUUCAGCAUGUCCAGGAUGGUCUCUAUGGAAGGCACCUGCACGUGUAUGACUGGCCUGGUGGUGAGCUCAAGCAGACACUGGAUCUAGGCAGUACAGGCCUUCUUCCAUUGGAGGUAAGGUUUUUACAUGACCCAUCAAAGGACACUGGCUAUGUUGGUUGUGCUUUAACAAGCAACAUGGUGAGAUUCUUCAAAACUGCAGAUGGAUCAUGGAGUCAUGAGGUCGCUAUAUCCAUAAAACCAUUGAAGGUGCGCAACUGGAUGUUGCCUGAAAUGCCAGGAUUGAUAACUGAUUUUGUUCUGUCCCUUGAUGACCGCUAUCUCUAUUUGGUGAACUGGCUUCAUGGGGAUAUCAGACAAUACAACAUUGAGGACCCUGCAAAGCCUGUGUUGGCUGGACAAGUAUUUGUAGGUGGGCUUCUUCAGAAGGGCAGUGAUGCCGUCUUCGUGACCGAUGAUGAUAAGGAAGAGCAGUAUACUGUCCCCCAAGUCAAGGGGAAUCGACUUAGAGGUGGACCACAGAUGAUUCAACUGAGCUUGGAUGGCAAGAGGGUUUAUGUUACCAAUUCUCUUUUCAGCCGAUGGGAUGAGCAGUUCUACGGUGUUGAUCUUCUCAGGAAGGGCUCUCACAUGUUGCAGAUCGAUGUCGACACAGAGAACGGAGGGCUGGCUAUCAACCCCAACUUCUUUGUGGAUUUCGGCACUGAGCCUGAAGGUCCCUCUUUGGCACAUGAGAUGAGAUAUCCUGGCGGAGACUGCACUUCUGAUAUAUGGAUCUAAGAUGAAGGGCUUGGCAUACAGCCAAGCAUGCAGUUGGAGAUCCAUGGUGUUGAGUUCGCUGUAAUUAAUUAAGAUGGUUUCUUCCCCGCUGUGUUGUCUGUGAUGUGAUAUCAGUUGGAAUAAGUUCAGAUAGAACAUCUUAACAUUGGCUUCAUUAGAGAUUUGAACCCUAAUAAGAGAUGUCUCCGAUCCUGAA